AUGAAUAAAAGUUAUAGCGAACAAGUAAAAUUUACCGGUCGAAAUAAUAAUAAUAAUAAUGAUGAUAAUAAUAUUAUUAAAGACGAAAGGAAUGAUUUAAUUGAUAAUAAAAUAAUAAAAUUUCGAGAUUAUUCUAUCGAUCCGAAAGAUGCGAUUAAAGAAAGAGUACGAAAAACUUAUUAUGAAAUGCAUAAAAAUAUGACGGUUGAUUUUGUACAAGAAAAAAUAAAAAAAUGGAAUAAAUUUGAUAAAUUUGAAGCGACCAUAAUGGAAGCAUUGAAUUUAUUAAAUAAUUUAAUUGAUGAAAGUGAUCCGGAUGUGAAUGUACCAAAUAUUGUUCAUGCUUUUCAAACGGCCGAAAGAAUAAGAAAAGAACAUCCGAAUGAUGAUUGGUUUCAUUUGACGGGUCUCAUACACGAUUUGGGAAAGGUUAUGGCUUUUUAUGGGGAGCCGCAAUGGUGCGUCGUCGGCGAUACUUUUCCUACCGGUUGUCAAUGGGCUCAAAGUAUCGUGUAUCGGGAAAAUAGUUUCGAUGAAAAUCCAGAUGGAAAAAAUGACAAAUAUAACACUAAAUAUGGUAUGUAUGCUCCUAAUUGCGGUUUGGACAAUUUGAUUAUGUCUUGGGGUCAUGAUGAAUACCUGUACAGAGUGUUGAAGCAUAAUUCCUGUUUUUUACCAAAGGAAGCUUUGACGAUGAUUAGGUAUCAUUCUUUUUAUCCUUGGCAUUCCGGUGGAGAUUAUCGACAUUUGUGUAAUGAAGAUGAUGAAAAAAAAUUAAAAUGGGUGAUUGAAUUCAACAAAUACGAUUUAUAUACAAAAUCCGAAACUGUACCGGACAUAGAAGCUUUAAAACCAUAUUAUCAAAGUUUAAUUGAUAAAUAUAUACCUGGAAUUUUAAAAUGGUGA